AUGCAGCCAGACCUGCCUGCAGCAUCCACGCCCGGCGGAGGCUACCCCCUUUGGCCCAGCUCGUCCUCCAGCCUGGCACCCACAGAAGCAGCAACAAAAGCCUCGCUGAGGAAGAACAGGAGCUUUCCAGGCCCUGAGAGUGUGUGGUGUGUUUUUCCACAAAUUCUUUCAGGAAAACCCAAGGUAUAUCAAGGUGUUAGAGUAAAGAUUACAGUUAAGGAGUUACUGCAGCAGAGAAGAGCACGACAAGCAGCAGCUGGUGCAGUGAUAGACCAGGUAGAAAGCAAAGGCAUGGAAGCACCUUUUGAUGCAGAACCCAUUUCUUCUGUUCCGAACUAUUGUCCAUCAUGGCAGUUUUCAAAUUGCCUCUCCUGCGAAGAAAGCCCUAGCUAUUUGGAGCAGCUGGUAGACUCCUGCCUUCAGACAGAUGCACCCUUAGACCCAGCCUUCAGCCCUUUCCAGAUGUCCUCACACUACACCUCGGACACCUUCCAGCCAGUCCCGCUCUGCUUUAACCAGGGCCCGGCUGCCGGAUCCCCCAGUUCAGCUGAUCUGUCCAGCCCAUUAAACUAUAGCUGCUCUCCUCCUCAGCUAUCUCCUUUCACCCCGAUGACCCACAGUCCACCCUCUGCUCUGGACACCAAGACCUAUGGCUACCCUGCGGAGGAAUGGUCCUGCCAUACCCCCUCCCCAUACACCACCUCUGCUUGCUGCUGCACAGCCUGUGGCUCCCAGAAUGUGGACAACAGGGGCCCGCAGUACUUCCCCUGCCCCAGCACGGACUGCAUGGACUACCUACCGCCCAUGGCCAUGGCCGAGGACUUCUUCAGAAGGGAUAGGAACUGUGAUAUCUGCUAUAGUUAA